AUGGCAGACACCGACGAAUUGGCCAGAGGAUACACCCUGGUAAACGACACCCAGUACUCAGCAGGACUGUUCCUUCUAGACAGACUGGCGGUUACCCCCGGUGAGCGCGUCCUUGACGUUGGCUGCGGACCCGGCAACCUCACAGCGCACAUUGCCGACCUUGUCGGGCCUGGCGGCAGCGUGGUCGGCGUCGAUCCCAGCCCGGAGCGCAUCGCUCUUGCUCACGAGAGGACACGGACGAACCUCGAGUUUCACAAGGGUCGUGCCGAGGAUCUGUCGCGCUUCGCCGCUGGCAGCUUCGACGUUGUAUACGUCAACUCUACAUUCCACUGGGUUCAGGACCAGCCCGCUGCUGCCGCCGAGUUCGCCCGCGUGCUCCAGCCCGGCGGCCGCCUCGGUAUCUCAGGCGGCUCUGGAGAUUUUGUAGCCGCCCACGAGCUCAUCAAGGCCGAUGUACUGGCGCGCCAGCCCUACAGGAAUUAUCCAAGCCAUAGCAACGGACCAAAGUUCCUCAAGCGGGCGGAACUUGACAGCAUUCUAGGGGGCGCGGGAUUCAACGAGAGGCUUAUCGUGGUGAACAAGAUUGUCAAAUCUGCAAAGGACGGCUACGCCAUGAUCGACUGGCUGGAUACGAGCUCGUCAGGCAAGACAUACGGAGGCAUCCCGCUGGAAUUGCGGCCGCGGGCGCGGGAGGAGAUGAAGGAGGAAUGGGAUAAGAUCACCACUGAGGAUGGCAUUCACAUGGACAUGGAGUUAUUGGUGACUGUAGCCAUCAGAGACUGA